UCGACGUCAAGCCCCACCAUCCAUCCUUAGCAUCAUCCAUCCCUGUCGCGCUAGCAUUAUGUGGGUGGGGUAGCUCCUCCGAAACCCUGUCCUGUCUAAAUUUCCCACAACAACCUUGAACUCAUCCAACAUUCCAAACAAACCCUCAAUCCACACCUUGACAUCAAAUCACCACUCACCCCAACCUCCAACAUAGUAUACAAGAACAAAACAAUGGACACCCUCUCCCCAUCCGACCUCUUCUCCCCCUCCAAAGCCGCGCUCCACCGCGCCCAAGCCCAAGACUGGGCCUUCAUCGAAACCUGGCUCGCAGCCCACUACCGAAACCGCGCCAUCCCGCCCUUUGAGCGCAACGACGACACCCUAAAAGCACUCCUCGCGCUUGCCGCCGCAAAUGAAAAGGCCGAGGAGGAAACCGGGAUCGUGAACCGGGCGGAGCGCGAGGCGCUGAUUGAGCUGGAAGAGGACGAGAAUAACCUGCCAGACACAACAGUGCUAGUCCUAACGGCGCUGAAAGACGCGCUGCCUGCACCGGCUCAAUCCGCGCUUUCCACGCUCUCGCGCGCCUCGGUCCUGCUGUCUACCGACACGGCGGACACCGAGUCCCUCGCACAUGCCCUCGUCCACCUGACCACCACCUCAUCGAACCUCGAGCAGCGCCUCGCCUACAUCCACACCCUCCAUGCCAAUCUCGAGCGUCAACUCGCCGAGACACAGCACACGCUCGAUAGUGUGAAGACGGAGCCGGAGUUCAAUGUGCCGCGCGACUUGCCUGGGAAGACGGCCGAGUAUACGCGGCAGACGAAGCAUCUGCGAUCGAAGUUGGCGGAAUAUACGGCGCGACUGGCAGCGCUGGCGGAGAGUGACGUGGUUGGAGGAUCUGAAGUUCUGUCGAGCGAGGGGAUUGCGGGGAUCGUGCGCGCGGAAGAGGAGAUUGAGAGUCUUGCCGAGCAAGUAGUGUCGUUGGAGGCACAACUCGAAGCUUUUAAGGGGCUUCCAGCCGAUCGUGACGCAGCCAAGCAGAAGAUCAAGACGCUCGAGAGUCAAGUGGUCAGACUACGAGCGAAGCGUGAUAAGCUAUUUGAGGAUAUGGUAGGAUGAAACGGCACACAACACGCAUGGCAUACCUGUUAUACAGACGGAUAUAGUAUUAGGGGGCAGCUGAUGCAUACGAUACAUAAGAGACGGAGCAAAAAGCAAAACAUAGAAGACCGAAAGAGAUGUCCCACUUGCGCCCACAUAAUUGCGCG